AUGAUGGAGAAACUUGAACAUCGAUCAGAUAAUUCUUUUGUCAAUGUUCGAAUCACCCUCAUUGUUAUUGCCAUCGUCUCUUUUCCCUUCAACCUAAUUGGCAUCUUUAUCGAAAACGCCCAGACUGCUUCGAUCAAUCAGAUAGUAGCUCUUAGCAGUUCUGGCCUGUCAGCUAUCAUGUGGCUCUACUGGCACCGGCAACAUCCAGCAUCGCUAAAAUCUACCGCUGGUAUGAUGAUCACCGACUUUUUCUUCGCAAUCUACCUCACAGUAAUAUACCUCACUAUGAUCAUCAUUUCUGGGGCCGCGAGAAAGCAUGUGGUUUUCGUGUAUGGCAACCUAGCGUGUCUUGUCUCUGGGCUUUUCCACGCAUAUGCAGCCUUGAAGGUUGCCAUCGACAGAUAUAAGGCUUAUUUAGCCCGCGUAUCUCGGCCCAAGAGUGUCGCAUUCUGUCCCCGCUGCUCUCGCAUGCCAGACUAUCAUAUUAUGGAUGGAGAUCAAGAGGUGGGUGUGGCUGUUCUUGCACUGUCUCCAGGACCCAUCAAUGCCGAGAGUGAACCUCUCAUGGGCAGUGAUAGUACUACCUCAGCAGAAUGUGCCCCCUUCCGAGUUUCCGAGGACACUGCGGUCAGUCUAGGGAGUGCCUUUACUGUGGAGACAUUUGACGGGUCUGCGGCAGCAGUCCAGACAAAGUGA